UGGUGCCGGUAACCAUUCUUCGCCUGACCGCAGGACUUUGCGCAGCGCAGCAACCGCGGAGUUGGUCCUUCGCGCUCUAUUCUGUCAGUGACUAGAAACACCUGGUUGUUGUAGGUAACUUGUUGGUGCGCGACCCCCGGAACUAUUAAGCAGAUUACACAUCUGGACGAAGUGUUUUAUAUUUAAUUUGGAUAUUGUGAAUCUCGAGGACCCCAGAGUUGUUCUUCGAAUGGACUUGGUGGUGCGUUGAGUCCCUCUGGAAUUAUCUCAGUUUGAGCUGACUCAAAGACCCACGAUACCAUGUGAUGCGACGCAACAAUAAGAUGUUUGGAAACACCACAGUUUCGUCCAGGAGCAGCUCUAGCAGGAGUGGAAACAGCUAUGGAAGAAACUCAUCCAUGCCCUCCCUACGUAUGCACAAUCCCCUCUCCCCCAAGACCUCCUUCAACCCUCUGUUCAGGCAUUCCGACCAGCUGACCAGUUUCGACGCCUCUAACUUCGUUCUGCAGGACGACAAAUGCAAGAGGUUGGAGAAGAAGCGUACGUACCUCAGGAGAUACAACUCCCACGAGUCGAGCUACAGCUUCGACAUAAUCAAGAGCGACUCGCAGGACAACACCCCUGAUUCCACGAAGAGCAGGAUAGGUAGCAUAGAGGAGUCGCAUUCUUCUUCUGCUGACAGGAGGAACGAUAAGGAAUUUGGAGCCAGGGACUUCUUGGAACGGUACUCCCUUCCCAGGGUGGUCAAGAUCGAUGGGGGUGAACCGCUGCUUCUGUACAGGUGCUUCGAUAGUUUUACCAAGAUCCAAGCGAAGGCUGUGUUUUUCAAAAAGGGGAAGGAGAAGGUCGACGAGAACCUACUGCAGUUUCCGGAGGGUUAUUCAGGUUGGUUUUCCCUUCUUAACGAGAAAGGAGAAAAGCAUGCUGUGGCACACUCCUCCAUUCUGCAUCUGGUUAGAGAGCAAGUGUGCUCUUUUUUAGCAGUUCAACCAUUCAGCGCCUAUGCCACUCAGUCCACAGAUCCAGCUGAUACAGAUGGCAAACUGGCAUACUUCAAGACGCAGGUUCCAGGUGGUCAAUUAUUCCAGUUAAGAGCUGUAUUCCAGCACCAGGAACGAUCUGACGGGAGUCGAAAAAGCUCAACCAGGUCAUCGCGAAUAUCUAGAUCUUCCAGGGACAAGGACCUAGCGAACAGAUACGCGCAACUUGUCAGUCAAACGAAUCAGGAACUAUACGUACCGCUGACGACCAAAGGCGAAUUCUACGAAACCCACACAUCCCUGAAGUCUAGACUUUGCUUUCCUGGUAUGCUGGACAAAACAGGACCGUUGGCAUUGGACAAAGAUUGCCUGUAUAAGAUAUCUCACUUGCUGAGAAGGGUACCCUUGCCAGUCAAAGUGAAACUUCUACAUGGUUCAUUACCAGAUGGAAUACCAAAGGAUUUUACAGAUACCUUCAUUCUAGAGAAAAAAUUCCGGGAGCCCAUUUUGGUUACCUGCACUUUACCCCCUCCAUGGUCGGAUACUUCCCACAAGAUAAGCUGUUACAAUCUUAAUUCCAAAAUAAAAAUCGCCAAAUUCACCUUCGGUUUCGACUCAGAAAACAGACUGUUCAAGUCGCAAAGAGUUCAGUCGGCACUGGCCUACUGUCACAAAAAUGUGGAGACUUGGUAUAAAGAUGUAAAACUGGUUCCUAACGUAAAAGAGCAAUGCAGAGAAGAAGAACAGAGGACAGUGGAAGAAUUUUGCGCGGAUUGCAAGAAAGCGAAACAGAAUUGUAACGAAAAUGGGUGUAUUGUUGAAAGGGAGAAUGUAACUAACAACGAGAACAAACAGAUUAUAACGAAAGAAAUGAUGAAUAAGUUCCCGAAACCGAAAAAGUGGUACCAGCACUUCAAGCUGUUGAGCGCGAACAGCGAUGGGGGUUUCGAAGAGUUAAGAGACCCGAUGGAUGGCAUGGAGAAGAGGCGAAGUAUAGACAGAUACAAAGAUAUGUCGAAGCUAAUAGAAGAGAAGCUCGGAAGAAAGGGAUACAACCCUGUGAAAAAGUCCGCCAGCUUCAUGUUCUCCGCCAAACGGAUAGACUUCGAAGCAGCGCAGAAAAACUCCAACAAUCCCGCGUUACUGAAAUGCCAGAGUCUGGACAGUCAGCUGUAUCCCCUUGCCGAAGAAACCCCCGACAGAUGUGGCACUUCCAGGUCCAACAAAUCGGACAACUUGAGCUAUGAAUUCCAAAUGUGCAUUUUGGAUUCGGGAACGAGCUCGGGAGAGAGAAGAGGAAAGCAAGAGAUAAACAUAGUUCGCAAAAACCAGUCGUGUAACGAUGUAAAACAAGUAAGUUCCGCGGUGAGUCGUGUAAAUAUGGAAAAUAGAAUGAUCGGAGGUGUGGAAGGAGGUAAACUGAAAAAGACUAAACCAGAUCUUAUACCAACGUUACCAAAGGAAGAAACUGUACCGAAUUCCUUCAUCACCGAGCGUCUUUGUGCAGAAUUCCACGUUAAAACCAAAGUACAAAAGAAAUCCAACAAGAUAGAAGCGAACUUGGGUAACAAGUUUCAAGCUAAUAAUCCUAAGAGAAUUCCUAGUAAAUCUUCUCAAAAAGAGGACUACAAGGUGUCCAGAGUGUUGUUGAAUGUGGAUGAAAUUCCUUAUAGUCAUGUAGUGGAUGAGGUCUGCAGUUCCCCAUCUGGAAAAAUGGAGAAUAUAUAUGCGGAAAUCUGCGAGACAGAUACUCAGAUGUGCAAUAAAUGUGAUAAUAAAAAUUGUGAAUGCAUGAGGACUAAAAGUACCCAAUACUGUUAUGUAAAGUUAGGCUCAAAUGGGGACAGUGUUACGCAAUCGGACUCUGACGAUGCUAUUUAUAAUACUCUAAGAUGAAACUUGUGAAUAUAUAGUUUAUGUAUGUACAGCUACCACUCUUGAAGAACAUUAACUUACCAAUUGUAAAAAUAAAAAUUUAUGCUCCA